GCAUGCAAAAUGCAUGCGGGUGCAUAGAAAAGUAAAUUAUCUGAAAUUAAAAUCAUAAACACAAUGUAUGUUCAAUAAAGUCAAUACAAUUAGCUUUUAACUAGUUAUUAAAAGAGUGAUUGGUAAGACACAAUGGAAGCUGAUUCUACUACUUUGGACAACAGUCCAAAGGACACAAGUUUUGAACCAGCUUUCCCGUUUCCUGUUAGCCCAGGGAACAACCAGCUCUACAACACUUUUGCAACGCGCAUUGGAGAAAGGAGUCUCGAAUGGCAGAUUACUGAGAAGCUGCAAGCACAUGGACUUCUUCUUAAAACAAUAAAGUGCCCCUCAGGGAAGGCAGAGUGCAGAGUUGUGUGCAAAAAUGCCAGAGUUAUUGAUAGAGUCCAAUGGGUAUGUGAGGCAUGUGGCACUCGGCAGCCGGUGCGUCUCGGUUCUUUCUUCAUGAAGCUCCAGUGCUCCCUGCUGCAGGCGCUGCAAAUCAUCCUGGCGUGGAGUGAGGAUGCUGACAUCAUGCAGGCUGCUCAACACUUCGGAGUGAAAGAUCGCAUAGUCUCCACCAUAUACAACAAGAUGGAUGACCUAGCCAUCAAGGCACAGAUGAAGGACCAGCUCGGCGGUGAGAACAGUGUGGUGCUCGCCGAGAUGUACCCAGACUGCGUCAACAGGCUGUCUCCGGACACAACUGACACGCCGCAUGUUCAUAGGAUACUUAUGCUAGCUGACACUAAUCACAUACCAACUCGCUACUGGCUGCAUGUUAUCAAGGAAGAUAAUAAGAAAACACAGGCAAAUACCUCACUGGACUCUGAGCACCUAAGAGCAACAGUAGAAGAGGUGAUACAGAAGGCAACGCUCCCCAAUUCCAUAAUAGUUACGGGGAACAGCGUGCCGGCUAUAGAGGGCGCCUCCUCCACGCAACAGCUAUUGCAGCACUGCGAUGCCGAUAUGCAACAUUUUUGUGAGCACACCGGUUUCGUGCGAGUGGGCCCGAAAGGCUACUUUCUCCCGGACAAGUACAAGCAAGAGGCACUCAACAUCUACACCAUGGAUGUCCGGCCCAGUGACAUCUUCGUGGCUAGCUAUCCUCGAUCAGGUACCACGUGGACGCAAGAACUGGUCUGGAUGGUCGCAAACGACUUGGACUACGAGAAAUCCGACGCGACUCCUCUCACCGAGAGAUAUCCCUUUCUAGAAUUUUCAAUAUUCGUCCACCCAGUGAUGAAAGCGCGGUUCCACGAAGAGAACAGCCACAGCGCUGAGAAGCUCUGCUUACUGGAGCUGGUCUCCCAGCCUGGCACAGAACAAUUGGCAGCAACCACCUCGCAGCGAUUCAUUAAGACACAUUUACCCAUGUCCCUGCUUCCACCGUCGUUGCUGGACAAGGGCCGGAUGGUGUAUGUGGCCCGCGACCCGCGCGACGUGGCCGUGUCGUUCUACCAUCUCAACAGACUGAUCAGGACACAAGGAUAUGUCGGGGAUUUCAAGAUGUAUUGGAAUUUCUUCAUCAAUGACUUGCACCACUGGACGCCGUACUUCGAGCACCUUAAAGAAGCGUGGGAGAAGAGACACCAUCCUCGCAUGCUGUUUUUGUUCUAUGAAGAGCUCACUAAGGAUUUACCAGCGGCAGCCCGUCGGGUCGCUGCUUUCCUUGACAAACAGUAUUCUGACGAGGAGAUAGCUAAGCUCUGUCAGCACCUAAGCAUCGACAGCUUUAAGAACAACAAGUCCGUCAACUAUGACGUCAUGAAGGAGCUGGGCAUUCUUAUACCGGGGGAGCAGGCCUUUAUUCGGAAAGGUAAAGCUGGCGGCUGGCGAGACUACUUCGACGAAGAAAUGACAAAGCAGGCAGAUCGGUGGAUCGCGGACAACCUCAAGGAUUCAGACUUCCGAUUCCCACAUUUUUCGAUUUAGACAAUAAGUACCUAACCAUGUGAUAUCAAUUAAGUGAUAAUUAAUGUACCUAGUAAUACUAAGGAGUAGUGUUGUAAAUAGUUUAAUAAGAAAAAGGCUUGUAAGAGGAUGUAUAAUCAUUUAUUCGAAUAAAAUGUUCUAUUUUA